AAGACUGCUGCUGCUGCUCAGCAGUGGAGAGGACCUGGUAAGUUGCGAGAUAAAUGCAAAAAAAAAUGUCUUCAACGUAACAUAGAUUAUUUAGUACGAUCUGACAGCUUUUGGUUCACUAACAUGUUAUGUGUGAAACCGUUACCGUACGUAUGUCUUCUUCAAUUAAGUACUAGGCUAGCGUUUCAAAGUCAUUGAUAGCUUUACGAACACAAAUAACUUCACUCCCGUUUUUAAUAUGUUCUAAUGUACCAUAAAAAGAUAGAAGUAUUGACAGUCUAGCGAGAAACGCAGGCUUUGUAUUUAUUUCAUUAUAAACCAUAUAAGCUACAGUGGGAUUCAAGGGGCUUCUAAUAUAAUUAGCAUAUGUGAACAUAAAUAUCGCACUUUGCAAAUGAUUAGCAUGAAAAAGCACAGGUGUAAUUGAUUAAGUUCCAUAAAUGACCCAUGGCUCCAUUACAUAUACAGUAUAGUUGUCCAUCUCACUGAAGAGUGCAUGGCACAAUGGAUGUGAUUAUUACUCCCAAAAAAUCUUCUUUACAACCACACUUAAACAAUUGCUCCUCUUUGGUUUGGUAGUUCCAGUUGUAGCCUGUGGGAUCAUGGGAAAGCUAAAUAUGUAUAUCUCUUCUCUGUAAAAUCAGUUUGUAAAGUCUUAAAUGUGAGCGCGCGUCGUGAUUGAUUUCGACAUCACGUCCACAUCGAUACCAGAGCUGCUGUCACGUCGGUGGGCGCGACCGAGCCUGCUGCGCCGCUUGUGACGUGGAACUUCUUAACUUACUCCAGUCCACCGGGCGCAGCAGCCUCCAGACUCUCAAAAACGAACUACGCACAGUCGUAUGUUGUUUCUAAAUCUAAUCUGACUGUUCCCGAGGCUGGAACAGAGCCCAUUUCCUUCGCAGACACACAGAUCCGAGUGAGUACCGGGAUGUUUUAGCUCUGGAGCAGUCUGUGUCACGAACGCAGACUUGUACUGGAGCAGUCUGCGCUUUCCAACGCUGCUUUUCCACACUAACGUCACCAGCCUCCUCCCUUUUUCUGCCUCAGCUGUUUCUGUCAGUGAGCUGCAGGCUCUCUGUCUUCCGUUCUCCCUUCACUGUGUGUGGGUGUGGAAUAGAUCCAGUCACCCCGUGCAGUAGAUCAUAGUAGUCACACCUUGUGUAAACUAUAGGUGACAAUAUUUACUUUGACUUUGCUCUGUUCUGUUCUUUUUUUCUUUUUUCUCUUCUCUGUGGGCUAUUAACAUGAGGGAAUAGCAACAACAGCGCCCCCUUGUUUCAAAGCUGGAACUGAGGGAGGACAUUUGGUGAUCUAGUUUAUCAGCUUGCGUAUCAGGUGACCUGGGAGAAGGGAAGAUGCUGCGGGGGCUGUCAGCAGACGGCGGGGGCUCCAGGUUCAAUCCUCUGGUGGUGGUGGAGCUCGCCUCGAACACCAAGGAGGAGGCCAUCGCGUGGUUGCUGAGCCGGAUAAGGGACACACAGCAGAAUGGAGGCGCUGAGCUGCUGGUGGAGCAGCUGGGCCCUGGGGUCGACGCUCAGGAGAAGGAAAACCCCAACAUGUUCCUGGUGGGGGCCGCAUGGCAGAGGCUGCUCUCCGGCGCUGAGGAUGUGGGCCUCUUCAAGGAGUUCCACGAUGGAUCCAUGAGAGGCUUCACCUGCGCCAACAAACACAACUUCAAAGACUUUAAAGGGGACGGAGACUCCUUUCUCAGCAUGGCCGAGUGUCAGUACAUCAUCAAACGCGAGCUGGACACACUACGGGCCAAAGACGAGACUCAUGUACCGGGACACAACCAGGUCAAGCUCUACCCCGGGAAAUCCAUCAUUCGCAGACUGCUGUCCAAGGGGAUCCUGAUCCAAGUCUUUCCUCUCCACGAAAAGGAGGAACUGAAGAGGCUGUCGUUUUCUUGGUACCAAAAGGUGAAGCUGUCCUUUCAGCCUCUCGAUGACAUCCGACACUACUACGGCGAGGGUCAGGCCCUCUACUUUGGCUUCCUGGAGUACUUCACCUUCGCCCUGGUGCCCAUGGCUCUCAUCGGGGUGCCUUACUACCUGUUUGACUGGGAGGACUACGACAAAUAUGUCAUCUUUGCUGCGUUCAACUUGGUCUGGUGCACCGUUAUCCUGGAGUUGUGGAAGCGUGGAAGCGCCUCGCUAGCCUACCGCUGGGGCACGCUGAGCAGGAAGAAAGCCUUCGAGGAACCUCGGCCCGGCUUCCACGGCGUCCUCGGGUUCAACCCUGUGACCGGCCGCGAGGAGCCGCUCUACCCCAACACCAAGAGGCAGCUGCGCAUCUACCUCGUGUCCCUGCCCUUCGUCCUGCUCUGCCUCUACUUGUCCCUCUACAUCAUGAUGAUCUACUUCCUGAUGGAGGGAUGGGUGCUGUCACUCCAUGACGCGGAGCCCACGUUCUGGACAGGAAUACUGUGUUUCAUCCCCAGUAUUAUCUACGCUGUGGUCAUAGAGAUUAUGAACCUCAUCUACAGAUAUGCUGCCGAGUUCCUCACUGAGUGGGAAAACCACAGGCUGGAGUCUUCAUAUCAGAAUCACUUGGUCCUUAAAGUAUUAGUAUUCAACUUCUUCAACUGUUUCGCCUCGCUGUUCUACAUCGCCUUUCUCAUGCAGGACAUGGUGCUGCUCAGACAGAGUCUGGCCACGUUGUUGAUCACCAGUCAGAUCUUGAAUCAGUUCAUGGAGGCCUUCCUGCCCUACUGGCUCCAGAGGAGACGCAACAAGAAGAUGAUCCGCAAAGUCCAGAAGAGAAAAACCCUGGAGGACAAAGAGCUUCCUCUGGCCGAUCAAGUCCGGCUGGAGGCCGACAUGAGCACCUACUUAGGAACCUUCGAUGAUUACCUGGAGCUCUUCCUGCUGUUUGGCUACGUCAGUCUGUUCUCCUGCGUCUACCCUCUGGCUGCCGUCCUGGUGGUGUUGAACAACAUCACAGAGGUUUACUCUGACGCCUUCAAGAUGUGUCGUGUGUUCAAACGACCCUUCUCGGACCCGGCAGCGAACAUAGGAGUCUGGCAGCUCGCCUUCGAGGCCAUGAGCGUGAUCGCUGUCGUGACCAACUGCUCGCUGAUAGGCAUGUCUCCACAAGUCAAGGCUUACUUCCUCGACUCGGACACGCAGCUCAUACUGUGGACGGUGGCUGUAGAGCAUGGGCUGCUGGCCUUCAAGUUCAUCCUGACCUUCCUCAUCCCAGAUGUUCCCAAACACAUCCAGAUCAAUCUGGCCCGCCUGGAGUUUGAAUCCCUGGAGGCCCUCAAGAAGAAGAGAUCGCUCCGUGGAGGAAAAUGCUCGAGGCCUCGGAGCUCAGCAAGACCAUCCAGUGAGGAGGAGAGGAGGACCUGCAGACGGUGACGGACCGCCGGCACCCGCUUCACACAGCCUCACACAGUUUAUACAGGACACGUGUACGUAUCAAGACCACACCCCUACGGAGCUCGUGGGGCUGAUUUUAUUUUUUUGCUUAUCUGCAAUAUCUUCACAGCAGGUGGUGAAAUCACAGAUGAAUGCUGUAUUAUGACGUACUGUAGCUCAUAUGAAGUGAUGAUGAAAGGACUUUUUUUCUGUUCUGUCAUAUGUGUGAGUAAUGGUGUGAACACAGUAAACCAAAGCCUCCAGUUAUUCACCGACUGGCUAAACUAUUAAAGCUGCUCGUUGUUGACGACAUGUGAUCAUGUUGUAUUGUGCACUCCAAGUAAAGAAGCAAAUGAAGCCAUAAAGUUCCAGUCUCAUACGCAAGCCAACACAUUAUUGUGAAAUCUCUACUGAAUACGUCGGUGGUGUUGAAAUGUUAAACACUAUUUUACUUUGAAAAGCAUCUUCGUUUAUGUGGUCUGAAUUCUGCUCUUUGAACUUUUCAUGAGGUCAUUUCAAAAAACUUAAUUCGUUAAAAGAAAUGUUUAAAUGCUAACAAAUUCAGAAAGGAAAUGAAAUUGUCUGAUAGAAAUAAAAAGCUAUAAACAUGUUGCUAAAACCUUUUUAUUUUUGGAUAUAUGAUUGUAAUUAAAAUCUUGAACAAAAUGACUGUUACCAAAAUAAGAUUUAAAAAUUCAAACUUCAAUGUGUGGAUCCCAAGAAGAAGCAAUCAAAUGUUUAAUGCAGUACAUGUAUGGUAUUUAUAUUUCAACAGGAAGUCGAUGGUCGUGCUUAAAAUGUUGUUGCUUCCACAGACUUGUUGUAAUGUUGUCUUGCGUUAGCAUGCACUGUGACCAGGGUAUAGUCAGUAAUAUGGAGCUCUUUUAACACCCGUGGUGCCUUGAAUUGCAAUCUGAAUAUUAGUUUUUUUUCUGUGCUCUGGUAUUUACAUGACCUGAUGUAUAGAAAGUGAGGAGAAUAAAGUCUGUUGAAAGCUUC